AUUGUUGCAAGUGCUUGCGUUUCGUGCGUUGACGAGAGAAAAAAAUCGCAAAAACAAAGAAAAAGUGCCCGUAAAUCGGUGAGGAGUGCAUGGAAAAGACAAAUUUAAUAUGAGCAACGAUGAAAGUGACGCGCCAGCAGCAGUUAGUGAACCACAAUCCGACUAUGAUCUCUCGCAAUUUCGCGGAGAGCGCCUUCUAAGCAACAACACCGAUCGCAAGACUGUCUGUGUCCUUGGAAAAUUUCCGCAAUUGUCGCAGGAGGAUCAGGCGAUCGUCAUUCUCGAGAAGAACGCCUUCACGGAGGAGCAAAUUCUCACGGCGGAUCGCGAAAAGAACUUUUUCCAGUUCAUCAGCACGCUGAACAAGGAAUUCAUCAAUGAUAUUUACGGGAAUUUCACGUUGUUAGCGAAACCCGAAGCGAACACAAUCAAAACAACAAUCAUCUAUCCGGCAACGGCGAAGCACAUUUCCAAAUAUACCAAUCAGAAUUUGUUCAUAAUUCGCGAAACUCCUGAGUUGUACGAGACUUUGACGGAACCUUAUUUGAGCAAAGGCCAAUUUUCAUUAGAUUGGGUCUACAACAUUUUGGAACACAAACAAGAAGAAGAGCGCAUCGUUUUCGAAGAUCCCGACAACGACAACGGUUUCAUCCUCCUGCCCGAUCUCAAAUGGGACGGCAAAACAAAAGAAACUCUAUACUUGAUUGCCAUUUCACGUAGACGCGACAUCCGAACGUUGCGCGAUCUAACCGCAAGCCAUUUGCCGCUCUUGAAAAGCAUUCGAGACAAAUCCAUCGCCACAAUCCGCGAAAAAUACGACAUCCAAGAGUCACAACUUCGCAUUUAUGUGCACUAUCAACCGUCGUUUUACCAUUUUCACGUACAUUUCACGUACUUGAGACACUCUGCGCCCGGAAUUAAUUGCGAAAGAUCUCACUUGCUCGACACAGUUAUCAGCAAUUUGGAGUUGCUAUCGGAUUAUUACAAGAAAUCGACGUUGUCGUUCACUGUUCGCGAAACAGACACACUUUACGAAAAAUAUGAAGAAAUUAUUAAUGAAAGAAAUUGCAAGAAAAUCCGAGUUGAGUGA